CAUUUCAUCGCCAUUCAGUUGGAGAAUUUCAGUCGAGUCGGUCGGUCGGUGUAGUUAUAGCACACGCCCAGUCUCUCUCCCGCGACUCUCUCUUUCCACUACGUGCGACUACCACCUUGCCCAGCAUUGAGUCACCCGUCGUCAUUUCUUGUGUUAUCAGCUGGCCAACAGCACCUCGUGUGUUAAAAUUCACUAUACAUUGUGCUUGUAUAGUUUUAAUUGCAUUACGUCGAGUUGCCAAAGAGUUUGCCAACAACCAACGGUCGACUGAUUUUCUCGUCCAUCUCAGCACACACAGCAGACGGCAACAACAACUGUACAGCAGUGUCAAAAGGGGCGAAUCGACCAACAACAUUUCGGAAUAAUAAUUUAUCUCAAACGUCAUCAGCAGCGCAGUUUCAUUUCAACUUUGACGCUGUGUACGUCCGUGUUUGUUUGGUUGUUUGUCUCAUUAUCGGAUAGCGAUACGAGACGAGAAGUGGUUGACCCCGCAAGUUCGCAAUGCGACCUCGUAGUGGAUUCGUCUGCCAGCAGCCGUAGCCGUUAUUACUGAGAACCCGUUCGAUCAAAUUUAUCAUCCGCGGAAUAAUCAUCGUUUUACAACACAUAAGUGCGCGCGCCAAAUUUGAAAUCGAAUCGAAUCGAACGGACGUCAUGGAACACUCGGCUCUUCAACCGUCUGCCCAUUUGGCGUUGGUGGAAUUGGCCGCCGGCGCUGCGGGAUCUUCAUCGUCAUCGUUCGCCGACAGGCCAUCCAAAGUCAAACUCGAUGACGCUGCCGCUAUUCAUCUGGGCGUGAACGGCAGCGGCGGCGACGACCCUUUCUUCACCAGCACCGCCUCAAGGUUAGACCUGGAGCCAACAACAGCCGGGCCUCACGAACUCAGUCCAGAUGGUGACGCAGUUGAAUUGGCCGGAGUCAUCGUAGCGGCGGCGCUCAUCACGGCGGCUCUCAUCGGCUUCGGCAUCUGGAUGCACUUCCGGCGGAAGAAAUCCAAGAGCCAAGAGCUCAACUCGGCCAGCGGACGGAUGAACGGCGGACCCAAUCACCACCCAGUGGCUCCUCAAGUGUCAGUCAUCAGCAUGGAAACGGACGUCCGACCUGCCGCCGUUCGACAAAAUAGUUACGGCAGCACGGGAUACAUCGGGUCCCUGGGCCCUUACCGCUCGGACGGCGUUGGCCAGUCGGAAGAAGAUGAAAUGGGAUCGUUCACCGAUUACGGAUCGAUCGUCGGCUCGUUCCCGCCGUCGCCGGCUGGAUCCUUCCGCUCGGCCAUCGAUGCUCCGGGAUUUUCCAGAUCUAGAGCGGGAACGGGGACGUCGUUUGCCACCGUCAUGUCGUUCGGUUCGUAUCGUUCGAGGGCCAGCAACACGGCGUCGUUCCACACUUGCGUCGAAGAGGAAUUCUCGUGAAAUCGACGAUGUUCUAACCGUUCGUAAAUUGAAUUUUCCCGCGCGGAAAUAGUGGCGGGAAAAAUUCGAAAAUUCGAAUAGAGAGUUCACAUCGCGUUUGUCUAGUGGAAGGAAUGAUUCUGCUAUACGGAGAUUCAAUCAGUGUGUCGUCGCGCGUGCCUAAUAAUUUAUAACUAGUGUCCUUCAAAUAUUGAAUUAAUUAUUAUUAUUAUGAAACUAUGGGGGGGUUUAAUAUUUCUAUCAUCGAAAAAUAAGUCUUCCAAAAGCUCAGUGGCUCUUUCAUGAUAUUUCGUGGGUUAAUUCUCCUCCAUUCCGACUCGACCGCUGUCGUGUGCCAAAAGUUAUCAGACAAUCAUCAAAAUCAUCGACUGUUUUCUUCUCUUUGCUAUUCCUUGAAUUCCCUGCGAUUCGAAUUUAAAGAUAUUAUUCAUUUUAGUGGCUUGAAAGUGACGUGCAGUUAAAGCAAACUGGUGUAAUGUGAAUCGGUACAAGGGAAUCGGGUGAAGUAGAACACAAGAAAAGAAAAAGAACAAAAACAAAAGCCAAACGGACCCGCGACUAAUUUUCAUUUGGCCGCUGGUGGUGACCGCAGAACGGCCGUGACUGGUUUGAUCUAAAAAUAAGACUCGGGGCGAGAGUGUGUGUGUGUUCGUGUUACACACACACACAAACUAAAUAA